GGCAUAGAAUGAGUGACUCUCGCACAAAGGAUAUGUUCCUUGAAGGUUGGAGGAGUAUAACUAAGAACAGAAUCGCAAUCCUCAGCUGGAGGAACCUGAACUGGACUGACAUCAUAGGGUUAGGAAUUCAUUUUUGUGCGAAUACUAAUCUUGUUUUGUGUUCUUGAGGCUGCUUCCAUGAGGACCUGUGACACACCUACAGACGUCUACUGUUGAGCAAAGGCACCGCGACUUAAGAAAUCAUUGAUUUCAUUUGUUACUUGUCCCACUCACCAACAAGACAUGGUGCUCUGGAUCGUCAUCCCCCUCUCGCUCUCCCUGGUGUCAUUCAUUGGAACGUGGACUGUAUAUGGCCUGGCCUUGUCCAAUAAUCAUGUAUGCUCCCUCAGUGACUGGGGGUUUAACAACUGCAGCGGGAAUUGGUCCACUGAAUGUUGCCUUCCUCCGACCAUAAGCUCAAGUGGAGCAAGAGCACCAGAAAAUUCCCUUUUUACGGCAACAAUCAACGCUGCAUCCUUUCUGUUUCUGCUGUUCUGUAUAUUCAACCAUGCCCAUGUUAUGGAGAGAUAUUCAUGUCAUUCCAUGCUGAGCAAGAUUGCAAUGAUCUUUGGUGUGUUGGCAGCCAUGGGGGCGUUCGCAGCUGGAAACUGUAAUCCUGGUUACCUGAAGCUGCUUCACCACCUGGGAGCUGCCAUCAGUUUCAUUUGCAUCUGCUUCUACACUGUCCUGCUCACGGUGCUGACCGGCAAGUGUGUGCUGACCGGAUUUGAGAAGUUCCUCUACCCGUUACGCAUCACCUCCACCGUGAUUCAAACCAUCGUCACCAUCUGCUAUUCAGUUUUAUUUGCCCAGGACAGGUACUUUUACAUUCACCUGUCCGCUGUAUUCGAGUGGAUGCUCAGUGUCAACCUGGAGUUGUUUGAGCUCAGCUACGUCGUGGAGUUUUGCUUUUUCUCGUCCUUCAUGCUUUCAAAUCUGUUGAAUAAGCGAGAGGAGGAAAAGCCUCUGAUAAUAAAGAUGUCCGGAUAGUAGGCUGCCGGGGUCCACCUGAAGCACAUAGGCAGUGAUGAUGGACCAAGUAAGAUGUAAAGACAAUUUUGGAUUAACGUCCAUUCAUAGAAUAUGAGCACUUUGAAUUCCUUCCUCUGGAUAGUACUGUUGCCUGAAAUUGUAUGAUUUUAUUUACUGGGCAUUUCUGUUCCGUAGGUAAAACAUUCUUUAUUUAUAAAAACAAGCAACCUGGAGCGGCAAAUGAACAAAAUUGUAUUUUUUUCCCUUUUCUUAAAAACAAGUUGAUUCUCUGCCAUAGAACAAUUAGACUGAGGUAUCCUACUCUGAUACAGCCUAUUAACAUUUUUUUUUGUGCACAAAUGUUUUGUUCCACAUUGGCAUGAUCUGCAAUGAACUAAGAAUUAAUUUUCAGGUAAACUUAUACCUGAAAAAGUCAUAUGAAUAUCCCAAUUUGUCUCUUAUCAUUAUUUAAUUGAUUGGACUUGUGUCUUUGGUACUAAUAUAAAAUCCUGACUAUUAUAGAAACUGACUAGUCCUGUUCACAGGUUUGACUCUGAAAUAAGGGCGGAUGACGUUGGGAAACACCUGAUCAGACACUUAAAGUUCCCAUAAGACCACAAGAUCCGGCUCGACUGGAUGAUAGCAGUGACAAAUUCAGAAAAAUGUUUGACAGUUUAUUCAUAGGUCAGGCUAAUAACAAGAAGGGUAUUUAUCAAGUUCAACGUUGCUAUGCACAGACUUGUGGGCGUUUACUGUUCCUUUCCAUGACAAUAGUUUUUAGGUGUGGUCUACUGAUGUAUUUUAGUGUAUGACCAUGAAAAUUGUGUGACAUUGAGCUUUAUCGGCCUUGAAGACAUGAUUUCUCACACUUUCUCACCGAGAGCAAUAAGGUCCUACAUGAAUGCAAUAUUUUGAGCAGGAUUGGUUAUUUCACUCUAUGAAAAUGUACUGGAUGUGAAUAAAAAGAAACAGUUUGUUUUUGCAUUCUUCUUUAAA